AUGGCGGAGUCACAAUCCACAAGUGACACGAGGCAGGCCAUGCCAGAUGGCUGUGCCACGCUCGAUCGCAUGCUGCUACACCUCGACGAGAUCCUCGCCAGAUUCUGGGAGCAGUUGGAAUUACGCGCAGCAGAGGGGGCUGGGGGACAGAGGAGCGGACUGAAGCGAACAAGAGAAGGGGUGCAGGGAGCCCCGUCGGGCACAACCACCUACCCUGCAUCUAACCGGCACGCACACAGUCCACCGGGCCAGAAAGCCAACAGGGAACCCAUUCCGAAGCAACAACAGACGCACCGAAAGGCUCUACAGCAGCCGAUAACACACUCCCUUCUCAAGCGGUUUACAACCCUGCAGAGGCAGCCCAUGGCCCCAGUAAAGAGGAAGGCCCCCAAAAGGUGGCGAGUAAAGCAGCACACACCGCAUCAGCUGCAGGCGCCACACGAGCGGGCACUUUUGAAACGUAAGCCAGCCGACACGCCUGAGGCAACAGUGGAGACAUCGACCCUGGUGAGUGGCCUUACCCUACGACCCACCCGGAAGCCUGGAAGCACAAGACAUCUCUCCCAAAGACGGGACUGGGCUCUUCCCCUCACAGGCAUAGGCUAA